AUGUUCAACCUCUUCUCCAAACCCAAAGACGAAAACAAUCAACCCCAAUACCAAGAACCGCUGUGGGAUCCCCGCACCGUGACCGUGCAGCAGCAGCCGACGAGCCCCAGUGCUCCCGUGAAGGAGGGUUUGGUGGUGGAGCAGCCGCGCUCCACCGAACAGAUGAACUUGAGUCUCCGUGGGGGUGGCGCCGGUGGCAUCUGCUGUGGGCUGUGA